CCUGUCGGAGGCGUUACCAGCCUGACCCUCCUCUCUCUCCGGAAGAGGCCAGCGUUGGAUGCGGCUGGUAUCUUAGCGAGCCUCUAGCCCUUCACCCAGAGAUUUUUAGAGAUUUGUAACUGCUGUAUCUUUGUACGUGUUAAAUCUGUUCCGAAGAUGGCUGAUCCUUGGCAGGAAUGCAUGGAUUAUGCAGUAACCCUAGCCAGACAAGCUGGAGAGAUGGCUCGUGAAGCCCUAAAAAACGAAAUGAAUAUUAUGAUCAAAAGUUCUCCAGUUGAUUUGGUAACUGCUACUGACCAAAAAGUUGAAAAAAUGCUUAUCUCUUCCAUAAAGGAAAAGUAUCCAUCUCACAGUUUCAUUGGUGAGGAAUCUGUGGCAGCUGGGGAAAAAAGUAUUUUAACUGACAGCCCUACGUGGAUCAUUGACCCUAUUGAUGGAACAACUAACUUUGUACAUGGAUUUCCUUUUGUAGCUGUUUCAAUUGGCUUUGUUGUUAAUAAAAAGAUGGAAUUUGGAAUUGUAUACAGUUGCAUGGAGGAUAAGAUGUAUACUGGCCGGAAAGGAAAAGGUGCCUUUUGUAAUGGUCAAAAACUACAGGUUUCACGCCAAGAAGAUGUUACCAAAUCACUCUUGGUGACAGAGUUGGGCUCUUCCAGAACACCAGAGACUGUGAGAAUUAUUCUUUCUAAUAUGGAAAGGCUUCUUUGCCUUCCCAUCCAUGGGAUCCGAGGUGUUGGAACAGCAGCUCUUAAUAUGUGCCUUGUGGCAGCUGGAGUUGCAGAUGCAUAUUAUGAAAUGGGAAUUCACUGCUGGGAUGUAGCAGGUGCUGGUGUUAUUGUGACUGAAGCUGGUGGAGUACUCUUGGAUGUAACAGGUGGACCAUUUGAUUUGAUGUCACGAAGAAUAAUUGCUUCAAACAAUAAGACAUUAGGAGAAAGGAUAGCCAAAGAAAUUCAGAUAAUACCUCUUCAAAGAGAUGAUGAAGAUUAAUUCUAACAGCUUCACACAUUCAAUCAGUUGCAUCUCUCCAGGUUUGCUGAUGGUGUUACAAAAUUCAGGACAUCUGUUUCACUUGAAUAAUAUGAUUGGUUUAAAUUGUCGUCGAUGUCCAGAUUAAAAAUUGCAACUUGUUCUGUAUUUUACUAAGAGUAGGUAUGCAAGAAUGGCUGAAAUGUUUGUUUCAUGGUUUUAAAAAUUUUUGCGUGUUAAGAAUGUACUUUGGGAAAAAUAUGCAGGCAGUUGAUGAGACAGGUAUCACAUCAACUGAAAUAGUCAAUUAGCAAUUUAGAGUUUCUAAGUAUUUAUGAGCCUCUGAAAUCUUGACUUAACUAUUUAUGUUCGUAUGCAUUCUUAAUUACAAAGUUAACUUUUUGGAAAAUUUUUUUUCUUUAGUUCCAAAAGCCAUACUUAACUAAAUUUGUAAGAAGUAUAUAAUGAGUACUUCCUAGACCAAGGUUUCUUUCUUUGCAGAGAACCGUGUUUUAUUAAUCAGUGUAGCACCAAACAUGGUACCUGUUAAAUAGUAGGCAAUCCAAAAAUAAGCAUUGAAAGAAUUAAUAUUUUAACGGUAGCAAUUCCUAGUUGCUACAUAAAGUAAUGAGCUCAUCAUUCUGUAAUUUUACUUCAGAAUGGAAGUAGAAAUUAUCUAGUUUGGAAGUAGAAAUUAUCUAGUCAUCCUUUUUAUAUUUCACAUUACCAUUCCUUUUAACAUUUCACAUUACCAUGCCAUUUCAAUUAACUGUACCUAUACGUCCUGAUAUAUUUCAGUUACUGUACCUCCUGAUAUCAUUUGUUAUUGUGGGCAUUUCUGCAGUUUAUAUGUUUUUCAAAACACUGCAUUGCAGUAUUUGUUUGGAUUUCUUUAAAGUCCAUAUAUAAAAGAGAAGAAACAGUUUCAGAAAAGCACUUUCAUCAGGUAUCUGAUGUAACUAGAUACUGUAUGACACUUUACUAAACUCAAAAUCCAUGUUUUCAAGAUGAUCUGGCUGAGCACAGGAACCUGGCAGAUAUACUGCUUUGUUAAUAUUGAACUAUUUCUUUCUUCCCAAUCUCCUUAUUUACCUUUGUUGAUUCUAUUCAGCCUUCAAAUAUUCCUUAAUAGUCUUUGGCUUCUCAAACUCAAAAAGAAAAUUGUUCUGGUUCAUAGAUACUUUUAAAAGAAUAACUUAUUGCUUAGCCUUGUCCUUUGACACAUGAACAGUAUUAAGUUUUGUUAUAGGCUCAUGUGAGCCUUAUAUUUGAUGAAAAGAGAAGUGCUUCUAUAAAGUUUUCAAGACAGGAUUGUUUUUUUUUUUUUAAUUGUCGUGCACAUCUAAUACAUUAAAUAUCUAUGAACCUAAGAUUUGAGUAUUAUAAUUACUGUAUUUGUACUGUUGGUCAAAUGCAUCUCAUACUGUAGUAUUCUAAGACAGGUUGUUUUGCAAUUAAAUAUAUUGUGAUUAAGAAUAUGGUCAUGAAUAAAAUUUUAACUAAAAAGUAUAUAUAUGUUAUAGUCAGGGUUUAUAGUCUUCCCAAGUGUACACACACACACACACAUAAAAUAUACACACUUGAACACCCCUCCUUUUUAAAAUAAAAAAUGAGCUCAUUCUAUCAUGUA